GUGGUUCCGCGUGCUGGCGGCAUGUCAGCUGUACGCUGGGGCCGCGGCGCGGCGGGGUUCGGGAGGGCCCUGUGGCCGGCGGGAACCCCCGGCCUCCUGGCCGAGGAAGGGGCUCUUGGUGGCGUCUGGGGCCGUAAGAGGAGCUCGACUGCCAGCCCUUGUGAGCAGGACCGCCGGAAGGACUGGGGCCAUGCCGAGCUGCUGGAGGUGCUCAAGGCGCGGGUGCGGCAGCUGCAGGCCGAGGGCAUGGCAGAGGUGACGGUGAAGAGGGUGGCCAAGAGGGUGGCCGUGGCUCGAGCCCCGGAGGCUGGCGGCGCCCAGCCACCCAGGCAGGCCCCGGCCGGGGCCAAGGGGGCCGGGGCCAAGGGCGCCGCCGCCACACUCAGCAGCCGCUGGGCGCAGAAACUGGACAGCGAUCAGCAGCUGAUGGAGAAGCGCAAGCAGCGGCUGGAGGGGAAGCUGCAGAAGCGUGUGGAGAAGGGGGCCUGGCAAAAGCAGCUGCGCCUGGAGCCCCGGCUGCUGAGCAGGAAGCUGGCGAGCCAGCUGCAGCACUGGGAGCAGGGGGCGCCCCGGAGCCCGUGGGAGGAGCAGCUGGCACAGCUGCUGCAGGAGGCCCCACACAGGCUGAGCAGCGAGGCGGCGGCAGCUCCGGCGGACAGAGGCCCCGAGUCGCGGCUGGAGGGCCAGCAGCAGAGGCUCCUGUCCUUCUUUGAGUGCUGCCUGCUCACGGGCCACCUGCCCCUGGCCCACCACGUGCUGGUCACCCACCACAGCAAGUCCCAGCAGCAGCGGCUGCUCACGCUCUCCAUGUACAACAUGGUCAUGCUCGGCUGGGCUCGCCAGGGCUCCUUCAAAGAGCUGACGUACGUGUUCUUCAUGCUGAAAGACGCCGGCCUCGCCCCGGACCUGCAGUCCUACGCGGCUGCCCUGCAGUGCAUGGGGCGCCUGGACCAGGAUGCUGGUACCAUCCGAAGGUGCCUGAAGCAGAUGGCGCAGGACGGGCUACAGCUGCAGGGGCUCUUCACGGCUGUGCCGCUGAGCGCCGAGGAGCGGGCUGAGCUCCUGCGGGCCGUGCGCAAGGCCAAGCCCGCCUUCACCCCCCCGCGGCCGCCCGUGCCCCCGCCCCAGGUCAACACCUCGCCGCUGCUCCGGGAGAUAUACGCCAAGCAGGAUCCCGCUGUGUCCUACCCGAGGCUGCACUUGUCCCUGAAGGAGCUGCAGGGCCUCUUCCAACAGCAGCUUCGCGUGGAGAUGGCCACCACCAUCACCGUGGAGUCCGUGGAGAAGGUUCCACUGCUGACCAAGGAGGUCCUGCAUGCGCGGAAGACCCUGGCAGGCCUGCGCACCCGAUGGAGGACGGCGCUGUACCGGGAGCUGCAAGAGACCAAGGAGAGCGAGGCCCACGCUGCUCGAGAAGGCCGCCUCUCACUCUUCCCGUACCUGUGCCUGCUCAGUGAGAAGGAGGUUGUGAGGAUGCUGCUGCAGACCCUCCAGGCGCUGCCCGCGCAGGGAGAGUCACUUCUCUUCUUGGCACACGAGCUGGGUCUGCGUGUCUUCAAGAGGAAGCAGCUCAGAAACGAGGUGCAGGAACUGGAGCAGCGCUACUCCAAGUACCUGCACCUGCUGGCCUCCGACACCCAGGUGGCGGAACCGUGCCUGCCACGGCAGCAUUGGGAGGCACUGGGGGUGCCUGAGGCCCCCCACGAGCAGCCCUGGCCCAUGUCAGUGGUGGUGCAGCUGGGCAAGCAGCUGGCGGAGGUGCUGGUGCGGGCCGCGCAGAUGCCCAGCAGCCUGGCAGCGCCCCGGAGCCCCGGCACGCUCAUCCCUGUGCUCUACCAUGUGUACUCCUUCCGCAGCUUCCGCCAGAUCGGCAUCCUGAAGCCUCACCCCGCCUUCACGCAGCUGCUGGAGACGGCGGCAGAGCGCACACUGACCUUUGAGUCGACGGACGUGCCCAUGCUGUGCCCACCGCUGCCCUGGACGUCGCCCCACUCGGGCGCCUUUCUGCUGAGCCCCACCAAGAUGAUGCGCUCAGUGGAGGGCAGCCAGCAGCACCAGCUCCUGCUGGAGCGCUGCCCGCCUGCCGAGCUGCACGGUGCUCUGGAUGCCCUCACCCAGCUGGGCAACUGUGCCUGGCGGGUCAACGGGCGCGUGCUGGACCUGGUGCUGCAGCUCUUCGCUGACAAGGGCUGCCCUCGCCUGGGUGUGCCCGCCCCGCCCUCCGAGGCCCCCCGGCCACCCGAGGGCCGUCGGGCUCCCAAGCGCUGCUUGCUGCCCGAGGUUUCGCCUGCUGAAAAGGCUGAGAUGCGGCGGGAGCUGGCCCGGCGCCUCAAGGUGGCACGGGAGAUGCAGAGCCUGCGCGCCGAUGCGCUGUACCGCCUGUCGCUGGCCCGGCACCUGCGGCACCGUGUCUUCUGGCUGCCGCACAACAUGGACUUCCGCGGCCGGACCUAUCCCUGCUCACCGCAUUUCAACCACCUGGGCAGCGACCUGGCCCGCGCACUGCUGGAGUUCGCCCAGGGCCGCCCGCUCGGCCCGCACGGCCUCAACUGGCUCAAGAUCCAUCUGGUCAACCUCACGGGGCUCAAGAAGCGCGAGUCGCUGCAGGCACGCCGGGACUAUGCGGACGAGCUGAUGGAGGACAUCCUGGACUCGGCGGACCGGCCCAUGACGGGCCGCAAGUGGUGGAUGGAGGCGGAUGAGCCCUGGCAAGCCCUGGCCUGCUGCAUGGAGGUCGCCCGGGCGGUGCGCGCCCCCGACCCCGCUGCCUACGUCUCCCACUUCCCAGUUCACCAGGACGGCUCCUGUAACGGCCUGCAGCACUACGCCGCCCUGGGCCGGGACAGCGUGGGGGCCGCCUCCGUCAACCUGUUGCCCUCGGACCUGCCGCAGGACGUGUACAGUGAGGUGGCGGCACAGGUGGAGGUGUUCCGCAGACAGGACGCCGAACAGGGUGUGCAGGUGGCCCAGGUGCUGGAGGGUUUCAUCAGCCGCAAGGUGGUCAAGCAGACGGUGAUGACUGUGGUGUACGGGGUCACCCGCUACGGGGGCCGCCUGCAGAUCGAGAAGCGCCUCCGGGAGAUCCACGACUUCCCCCAGGACUUCGUGUGGGAGGCUUCUCACUACCUCGUGCGCCAGGUGUUCAACAGCCUGCAGGAGAUGUUCUCGGGCACCCGGUCCAUCCAGCGCUGGCUGACCGAGAGCGCCCGGCUCAUCUCCCACACGGGCUCGGCCGUGGAGUGGGUCACGCCCCUGGGCAUCCCCAUCAUCCAGCCCUACCACCGUGACUCCAAGGUCAUGAUCAAAGGCGGGCUCCAGAGCCUCACCUUCAGCAGCAGCGUGGACACCAGCCAGAAGCCCAACACGCUGAAGCAGAAGAACGGCUUCCCGCCCAACUUCAUCCACUCACUGGACUCCUCGCACAUGAUGCUCACGGCCCUGCACUGCUACAGGAAGGGCCUGACCUUCGUCUCGGUGCACGACUGCUUCUGGACCCACGCCGCUGACGUUGCGGUCAUGAACCAGGUCUGUCGCGAGCAGUUCGUCCGUCUGCACAGCCAGCCCAUUCUCCACAACCUGUCCAGGUUCCUGAUUGAGCGGUUCUGCUCCGACCCCAGGACCUCCAAGAGCAUCUGGGUCUCCAGGCUGAUGGACACGCUGCUGUCUGUGCCCAAGACAGGGACAUUCAACCUGGAGCAGGUGAAGCACUCCACGUACUUCUUCAGCUGACGGCCCGUGCUGCCUCCCUGUACCUUAGUGUGAAUAAAGGUAGCCACAGUGCUUGCCUGCUGGGAGGCACCUCCACCCUCGGGAGAAAUCCUAGCGCCCGUUCCUGUCCCUCCUCAGGGCCACGCAGGCUCACACUUGCCCUCUGUGAGUCGCCCCAAGCCCCUCCCCACUCCAUCCCUCCCAGAGCUUCCCCUCUGGCACCACCUCCCUGGAAACAGGGCAGGGCACACGGCUGGCGCCCAGUAACUGCUUGCUGAGGGUCACGGGUUGAACUGUCCGCCCACCACCGUCAUACGCUGAAGUCCUGAGCCCUGGUACGUGUGAACGGGGCCAGAUGUGGAAACAGGGUCUUUGCAGGUGUGAUUGGUUAAGAUGAGGUCGUGCUGAACCCAGUGGCUGGUGUCCUUACAGAGGAGGGGACACAGAGACACAGGAACAGGCCACGUGAAGAUGAAGGAAGAGGCCAGGGUGACGUGUCCACAAGCCAAGGACACCGAGAACCAUGGGCCACAACAGGAGCUGGGAGGGGCAGGAAGGACCCUCCCUGGAGCCUCUGGAGUGAGCACCCCGCCCCUCACCUCCUGCAGGGGCCCGUGGGGCUCCCCCAGGACCCUCCUCCGCACGCGGACCCCCACCUCACCUCCCGCAGGGGCCCAUUGAGCUCGCCCAGG